AAACGAAUCCCGACAAGAUGGACAACUAUGGGUCACUGCAUCGAAUUGUGGCCAAGUCCAGCGUCGAUUUCAUCUUGAAUCCCUUCCACGAACAAUCACAAGGGGAAGUCAUAGGGUCCUUGGAGUACCUACUGGGGGGCCGCCGCCCAGCGCAGCUGGAAUUGGUUGAACCAUCACAGAGCCCAUGCUUGGCAGUGCCGACUAGCGUCACUCAUCGCAACAAGUGCAGCGUUGAAGAGUGCACAACUGCCGCCGUGAGCAAGGGACGAUGCGUUCGACAUGGGGGCGGCACGAGGUGUUCGGUGGCCGGAUGCACAAAGCGAACUAAGCGGUUCAAUCGAUGCUACUUACACGGAGGGUUUGUGUUGUGCUCGACAGAAGGUUGUAGUAGCAAAGCCAAACGGUAUGGCCGGUGUUGGGCUCAUGGCGGAGGCGCACAAUGCAGCGAAGAAUCGUGCUCGAAACUCGUGGCAAAAGGAGGUCUUUGCUGGUCCCAUGGUGGAGGUAUGCACUUGUGGAAUCCAAUGCAUAUACAGUGUGCUUUAAUACUGUAAUAAACCAUCAUCGGCGUAGGACAUCGUUGCCGCGCCAGUGGCUGCGAAAGAAGAUCAUAUAAGCGGCAGCAGUAUUUGUGUGAUCAACAUGCAUAAUCUUUUAAUUGACGUUACGCCCAAUAUAGAUGAUGU